AUAGCCAUAGCCAUGUCAUUUUAGUCUUUGUUAUUUUUUUCUGGGGAUUGAAACCCAAAUUGAUAAUUAGUUUAAAUAAUAUAUAAGUAUUUGUAAAAACAGCAAAAAUGUCGGCUUCACUCGAUAACACUUUGGAUCCUAUGGAAGAAAUCCGAUUCCGAAAAAAACAUGGUGCCAACUGGCUAGAAAUACAAAAAGAUACUCACUUCACCUUUAAUGAAUUAGAACAUAUUAUGGUGAUAUUUUUCAAAAUCCAAAAAAGAGACGAAAGAUGCCCUGGUACAGAUCUUAUAACAAGAAAUCACUUCAGAGACGUGCUUCACAACGGCCUGGGGAUGACAGACGCCUAUAUGAUGGAGCGCGUGAUGGUAGCUUUGGACCGAGGAACCUCGCCACAUGUUACCAUGGCAACCUUCGCUAAAGCAAUGUCCCUUUAUCUUCGAGGCGAUCUAGAGGAACGGAUCGCAUAUGCGUUCACUUGCUACGAUUUGCUGGGUGAAGGGCAGCUGAGGCGAGAGACUAUGUACCAACUGAUGAAGAAGAGUAUCGCCAAGGCUUCUAGAGACGACGAUGUAGAAGAAGCAGUUAAGGAACUGGUAGAUAUAAUGCUGAAGCGAAUGGAUCCAGAUUUGGAUGGAGUGAUCAAUUUCCAAGAUUUUCACGAUAGUGUUUUAAAGACGCCAUCUUUGCUGGAGAGCCUCGGCUACUGUUUUCCGGAGAGACCCGCGGUAUUUGCCUUUAUAGCGACCUGGUGCCCAGUCUGGGGAAAAAUGUGAAAUAUUUUGUAACAGGUUAUAAAGUUAAUUCUGUAAUCAUUUUUAUAUAGGUAAAAAAUCUUAAUCAAAUAUUGUAAUGAAAUCAAUAUUGAAAUAAUGAUAAUUAUAUAUGUACAAUGAUUUAAUGUCAGUGUUUUUACUUUGAGUAGUACAAAGCAAGUUCGAUAGCAUAGUUGAUACGAGAGGCAUGAAUUGAUCGUAGCCAGAAUCAACGGCCUGUAUACAUAUGACGGGAAGGGACAAAAGCAAGCAAGUUGAGCGUGACUUAAUAAACAGUAUCACAAAAUAAAAAUAUAUUUCCCAAGGGUGCAACUCGCAAUUUUGGUUAAUAUUACCUUAUCUUAUCUGUUGAGUUCAUGGCCUAAUAUUUCGUUUAUAACACAAAGAAUACUGUAAUAGCUCUGCGGUAAUAUCUCUCUUGAUUGCUGAAUGCGGAUGAUGAGCUUCCUAAUGAAGCCCCACUGCUAAUCAAGGAUUCGAUAGGUACGUAAUUGUAUCAUAUUGUUAUUACUACAGGGUCGGCGAACUGAAUAUAGACAACACGGUCAGACUAUCAAAUAUUACAUAUUUUAUAUUAGCUCUUAUUUCGGUGAGUGUAAAAACUUAUGUGAAUCAGAAAUUGUUAGGUGAAAUGUACCUAUUCGAUAGGACGAAAAGUAUGGUUUUAAAAAUUAUAUAUGAUUUUACCAGGUUAUUCGUCAACUGGACACACGCAACUCGCCACACGUGUGUCCAGUUAGUAAAAAUCUUUGAUUAUAUAUAUAUGUCUAGAUGGAGUGUCACCAUACAAUCCCAACAAAGAAGCUGUGACAAAAUUGUUAUGCAUGUGUGCGUGUAGAUGUCAUUUUACAUUGCGCGUUGACGUAAAUAAUGAUACCAGCUUCUAAGAUUCUCCCAUAAAUAAUGAAAAAAAAAUAGACUAAUUAAAUAAGUUUGUAUACAUAGUGUUAUUCGGUUUAAUUAUAACUUUAUAGAAAAUUGAACCUUGCUUGUCACUGCUCCUUCUUAAGUCUUCGGCGCCCUAUCUUGACAGUACUCAUGUCCUUGCUGCGAAAGUUGAUCGGAACACACUACGGUAUUUUUUGUUGGUGUCCACAUCGCAUCUCCGCGGCUUUUUUUUAAUGCGGUCUAUCAACUGACUCCUAACAAUAGGAUUACUUGGAAUUCAAAAAAAAAAUGAUGUUACGUUGAUGACCAUAAUUUACUAAUCAAAUAAUAGUACAUAAUAUUUUGGAGAAUCAGAAAAUGUCUAUCCGAGCAAUAAAAAUAGAAAUUAUACG